UCUCUCUCUCUCUCUCUCUCUCUUCUUGUUUACAUUUUUUUGUAUACAAAUUCUUCUUUUUAUCUCAUUAUGGGAACUGGGUUUGGUUUGGUUUGGUUUAUUUGUACGUAUUUGUGUGGUUUUUGUUGAAUCUUCUUGGUGUUAGCAUCUAGAAAAGCAAGGGUUUGUUGUUAGAAACAUCAAGACUAUUGGUUUCUCUAAGGUUUGGUGCUGUUCAACUUAGGAGUACUCAAAUUAUACUUAUUUAUUUUUCCUCUCUUUUGCUUUUCUUUUUCCUUUUCCUUUUUUUUUCUCUGAUUUCUCAAUGAUUUGAAUGAACACACAACACAGUGGAUACUAUAAUAGGCCUUUUGAUUAGGGUUUGCGUUCAGAUCUCAGGACAUCAUGUCACAGAUCAAUAAGUUAGUUCAUGGGUCAUCAGACUCAUCACAGAAUUCUUAGUGUAUGUGCAUGUAUUGCAUCAUCCUCAGAUUAGAACCCACUCUGUAACUUGGUAUAUAUCAGAGGCGCAGAAGAAGAUGUUGAAGGGUUUGAUGGUAGAUGAGAAUAUGUCCAAUUUGACUUCUGCAUCUGGGGAAGCAAGUGCUUCUUCAGGUACCAGAAAUGAAACAAGCAACAUGUACCCACAACAGUCUUUUGUUUCAGCAAAUCAAGCACCAGCAGCAGCAAAGAAGAAGAGAAGUCUUCCAGGCAAUCCAGACCCAAAUGCAGAAGUGGUAGCUUUAUCACCCAAGACUCUCCAAGCAACCAACAGAUUUAUAUGCGAGAUCUGUAACAAAGGGUUUCAGAGAGAUCAGAACCUCCAGCUCCACAGAAGAGGCCACAAUCUGCCAUGGAAGCUGAAGCAAAGAACAAACAAAGAGGUGAGGAAGAAGGUGUAUGUGUGCCCAGAGCCUACAUGUGUACACCAUGACCCUUCAAGGGCUCUUGGAGACCUCACAGGAAUCAAGAAGCACUUUUCCAGAAAGCAUGGGGAGAAGAAGUGGAAAUGUGAAAAGUGCUCCAAGCGUUAUGCUGUUCAAUCAGAUUGGAAGGCUCACUCCAAGAUUUGUGGCACAAGAGAGUAUAGAUGUGAUUGUGGAACCCUUUUCUCCAGGAGGGACAGUUUCAUCACUCACAGGGCCUUCUGUGAUGCUUUAGCAGAAGAGAGUGCAAGGGCAAUCACAGGAAACCCACUUCUCUCCUCACAACCUGGCUCUUCAUCCUCCCAUCUUAAUCUCCAACCCCAACUCCAUAGCCAUGGUCUCCAAGCAGUACUGUCACUGAAAAGAGAACAAGAACAGCACCACAGUUUCAAUCUAAAACCAGAUAUUCCACCAUGGUUAGCUUGCCCACCAGUGGUUGAAGCAGGCCCAGGCCCCCCAUCUAUUGAUCUCUCCUCCUCAUUAUUCUCUGCAAGUCUAGACCAUCCCUUGAUAUACCAUGAAAACCCUAACCCUAAUUCCACGCUUCCAUCUUUCCAUCACACAGCUUCUCCACACAUGUCUGCAACUGCAUUGCUGCAACAAGCUGCACAGAUGGGUGUAACAAUGAGCAAGCCUUCUCCAUCACCACCCAUGCUCAGACCCCACCAAGCUCACAUGUCUGCAGCCAAUGCUGGUUUCAGUUCUACAGCAGUAGCCACAUCUACAGCUGGUUCUGAUCUGGGUUUGUCUUCACGUGAUGAGAUGGCAAGUGGGUUCAUUCAUGGCUUGGCUUCUUUUGGGAGUAAAGCUGCUGUUACCUCUGGUUUCAUGGAACAUGUAGCUACAGGAGCAGGAGCAGGAGCUGCAGCUCCUUCUCUAUUUCAUGACAUGAUGAGUUCUUUGUCUUCUGCCAGUGGGUUUGGAGGCCCAUCUUUUGAAGAGGCUUUUAAUGGGAUGUUGAAUCCAAAGAGAGAGAAUAAUCUUCAAGAAAUCACCAAAACAGCAAUGACAAAAUCCCAUUUCAGCAGAAGUGAUCAUGAAGGUGGUGGUGGCGGCAAUGAUGGCUUGACAAGAGAUUUCUUGGGUCUUAGAGCAUUCUCUCAUAGAGACUUUCUCAAUAUUCCUGGGCUUGAUCAGAUGAAUUCUGCUUCUCCCUAUGAGCAGCAGAAUCAAAAUCAAACACCUUGGCAAGGUUAGCUUUUGGGUAACCUUCCCCUCCCCUCCCCUCUCAGUAACACUUCAUUUUUCUUUCUGCACUACAUCCACUAUACCCAAUGUUCCCCUAGAGUGAGACCUUUCACAACCUAGUAUUUCUGUGGCCCCUAUUGAGUUGUAUGAACACUUAAUAGUUCUCUUCAAUGUUCCCUCCCUCUGAUUUUCCUUUUUCUUUUAUCAGUUUUGCUUGUUCUCUCAUUGUUAUUGUUUUUGUUGUUGUAAUUCAUCACCAUUCUUCCAUAUAUAAUAAAAGAAAAUUUCUACAA